AUGAACCCCAUCAAGUUUCCCGGAUCUAAGACGAUUGAUUCCUUCAAGAGAGAGCUAAACCUUUUAAUCACCAACAUUAUUGCGAAGUUCAAAGACUCACACAAGAUUGGAGAUUUGGUAGUGGUCAGUCGUGAGGACUUUCUCCAUUACCUAGGACAGCAAAUGAUAACAGAAACCUACUUGCCGGAGCCGGAUACCAUCGACUUCGCUGCCGGGCUCGGCCCAAUGUUUCUCAAAUUGCCCCGGGAGAUACGCGAUAUAACCUUUGGGCGACUGCUUGCUUCCGGCCACACGGAGUUUCUGAGAGCCUCCAAGAUCUUGAGCAAGGAAGGAGCGAGCCUGAUAUCCAAGCAUGGCAUUUAUCGCACCAACAUUGCGUUUAACAGCAAAGCCAACUGCCCCAAGCUCUCCCAGCCAGUGGUGGAUACGGUCCAGAACCUGCACCUUCGUGUGAAUAUGAGGGAUUAUCCAUUCUUUGGUCUCGGCACAUUCCCCGUAUCUUUGGAGACUCGCUAUUCCACUGAGUCUAUGAUUCCGCUCGACGUGCUUAACUUCUCGGAAACGUUUGGGGAAUUUGAGGACGUGACGUUGAGUAUCGAAACCGACUGGUUCGGCGGAAGCCCUUUCCCAGAUCGCCUGUUCGAAUGGCAGAUGCGUUUGAUGGAUACAGCUAGACAUGAGAGCUUCGACGACGCCCGUGAGUGUUUAGAGCCGGUCUUGGGCACUGCGAGCAGGAUGAGGGUGUUCAGAUGGUCUUCCAUCCACACUAUUCGGGUCAGGGCAAGGUGA